CAUCUUCUGGUCUUUUAUACAUCCACUAUACUAAUAUUACUUUUCAUCAGUGUCCUGGGUGCCUCAGGUUCAGGAAAGAGCAAUAUCAUCAACAAACUUAUUGGAAUACCACCACAAUCAAGUGUAGAUGCAGUUGCCUGCGAGGGAACUGUCAGUGCCUUUGCUCGCAUCCGAAAGGGAAAGUGCUUUGUCUUUAUGGACACACCAGGGUUUGAACCCCUCAGGUAUAAAGACAUAUUAAUUCAGUUAGGUUUCAUAUAUCAGAAGUCUGUGAGGCUUACAGGUGUGAUCUACACCCAUUAUAUAAUGGCCAGGAGGACUGCCACUGAAGAAGGCAACCUCAGAGUGUUAGCCAAUAUGUGUGGGAGGGAGGCAAUUGAUCAAGUGCAGCUGGUGACAACUAUGUGGGAUAAAGCCUAUUUCUCAAGUGCCCUCUGGGCAGAAAAUGAACUAAAAGAAGGAUUCUGGAAGUCACUUCUUGAGGCUGGAGCUUGCUGUGGAAGGUUUGACAACACCCCAGAAUCAGCAUGGGCAAUUGUGGAGAGUCUAGGGGUUCAAAAGAAGGGGCUAUUGUUCCAAAGGGAAAUGGUGGACAUGGGAAUUGACCUAUCGAAAACAUCUGCAUUCAAAGAAGUUGGUCAUCUGCCCAAAAUGUAACACAGUACUUGCAAAGAGACUAUUGCUACACACCACCUAGACAUCCACACUUUUGCCAAGAAUUCUUGAUUUUACAGAAGUUUUACAUGAGUGCUCAAGAGCUGAAAAAAUUGUUUGGAC